UUAUUUUCUCUGAUUAAUGCAGGAGUACAGGACUUCUGUUAGGGUUGUGGAUGUGACGGUCAAUUUUGCUUUCGCGGAAACUCGAUUUUUUCCAUCCUGUGUACCAUGAGUGGCGGUGCGACGACUUCCACCGCUUCAACGGAUGGUCAGGAGUUCUGCUUACGAUGGAACAAUCAUCAAACCACGAUCGUGUCCAUCCUUGAGCAGCAGUUCCGAAACGAGGCAUUUGUGGACGUCACGCUUGCAGUCGAGGGACUUGCCUUGCGGGCGCACAAAAUGGUGUUGUGCGCGUGUUCGCCCUACUUCUCAGCUCUCCUGUCCAACACCCCGGACAAGCAUCCGAUCGUCAUUCUCAGAGAUGUUGGUUAUAAGGAUAUGCGGGCGCUUUUAGACUUCAUGUACAGGGGAGAAGUUUCCGUAUCGCAAGACUGCCUCGAUCGAUUGCUGAAGGUUGCGGAAUCUCUUCGAAUCCGCGGUUUGGCCGACGUAAGCGAACAGAAUCUGAAGGCGUCUCAAGGCGGUUCUCGAAGCCGAGGCCUUGCUCAAGAAAUACUCCAAACUACUCAGCAACAUUUGCAAACGCAUCCGGCAUCAGCAGCGUCUCCUUUGUCGAUGCCCCUCCGAUCCUCCCCUACCAACCUUGGUGGGCCAUUUCAAGGUUUACAUGUGAUAGCCGAAGCAGCAGCUAGCAAGCGGCCGCUUUUGGCCUCCGUUGGAGCUGGCGGUUCAGUGGCGUCGCUGAACUUGUCUUCCUCGUCUGGUGUCGUGAGUCCUUCCACGCCCGGAUCUCCGAGUGCCAUGGCCGGGGCGCGAAAGCGAAGAGGACGACCCCGAACAGUAUCGUCGCCGACGGCGUCGAGCACCCCGCUUGCAGCGCCGGCGUCUCCACCUGCCGAAUCUGAGGAGUCUCGGGACAAGUGCGAAUUUUCAUCUGUGGAAAAUCUGUCGAUGUCUGCUGGUUCAUUUGAAAAGGAGUACGGAGAAAGUAUGGAAAAGAGGCCAAAGAUGAAACAAGAGCCAGAGGAUCUGAGUGAUACUGGGGUUGUGGUGAAAACAGAGCCUGAAGACAGUUCUUCCAUCACCGAAGGCUCAACGCCUAGUUCAGUUUUGGGUGAGGGGUCCCGUUUGCGUUUGGCCUCGAGCUCCUCAGCCACCUUCAGCGAUAGUGGCGAGGGGUCAGAGGCAUCCGGCAUCGGUCCGCCGCCAUACAAGUGUCCCUACUGUCCCAAAGAGUUUCUCGAGUCCAAGGCGUACCUUCGUCACCGAGACCGCACGCACGCGUCCAUCUCUCGACCCUGUCCCGACUGUGAUGCCACUUUCAAGCGCACGGACCACCUGAGCCGCCACAUGCGCACUGUGCAUUCCCAUGCGUGUCCCGUGUGCCAGGAAACGUUGUCGGGACAGCUGGCCUUUGAGACCCACCUGUCCGCGUUGCAUUCGUUGCCGCAGCCAAAACCGCCUCAGCCCUGA